ACGUCAUCCCGGCUAUGGAGAAGCUUCGCUCCGCCUUCCGCUAAAUAAAUAAUGAUAUGAGCGAGUCGUUGCUCCAGUCGCUGCUCCAGACCAGACCAUCAUAGUUAAGACUCGAAUCCAUCUUUCUCUCUCGCAUUCGUGGUCAGUGAACAUUGGUUACUUAUAUCUCCCAACAGUCACCAUGUUCUCUCGGGGCGCGCUUCGAACUGCUGCGAACAGGGUCCGCAGUGUCCCAGCAGCUCCCUUCGGUUUGGGAUCUCCUCUGACCCGAACAUGUCUGGAGCCAACCCGGAGGGCGGUUGCUGGUCAAUCGAUCGAGGGUCGCAGAUUCGUCUCUGCAUACGGCUACCAGCAGGCCAAAGCUCUGGUCUACUCGAAGUAUGGAGAGCCGAAAGACGUGCUCAAGCUCCAUAAGCACUCAAUUGCCCCUCCUCAUGGGUCGCAGGUCACCCUCCGUCUGCUAACUGCGCCGCUGAACCCCGCGGAUAUCAACCAGAUUCAGGGCGUCUACCCCAGCAAACCACCCUUCGAGACCACGCUGGGCACGAGCGAGCCGUCCGCCGUCGCUGGAAAUGAGGGUGCCUUCGAAGUCAUCGCAACCGGUUCCGGCGUCAAGAACCUCAAGAAGGGCGACUGGGUGAUCAUGAAGCGCACGGGGCAGGGCACCUGGCGAACACACGCCCAGAUGGACGAGUCGAAGCUGAUCAAGGUCGACAAGGAGGGUUUGACUCCCCUCCAGGUCGGUACCGUCAGCGUCAACCCCGUGACUGCCUACCGCAUGAUCAAGGAUUUCUGUAACUGGGACUGGCUGCGCGCUGGAGAGGAGUGGCUGAUCCAGAACGGCGCCAACAGCGGCGUCGGACGCGCUGCCAUCCAGCUGUCGCGGGAGUGGGGGAUCAAGACUCUCAACGUAGUUCGAGACCGACAGACCCCCGAGGAGACGGAGGCGUUGAAGAAGGAUCUGUAUGAAUUGGGCGCUACGGCCGUCGUGGCCGAGUCGGAGCUGCUUUCGAGCAGCUUCAAGGAGAUCGUCAAUGAGCUCACCCGCAAGGGCAAGGAGCCCAUCCGGCUGGGUCUCAACUGCGUCGGUGGUAAGAACGCCACGGCACUGGCUAAGGUUCUUGCUCCCGGAUCGCAGCUUGUCACGUACGGUGCGAUGUCCAAGCAGCCAGUGGCCCUGCCGUCCGGACUUUUGAUCUUCAAGGAUUUGGUCUUCAGCGGCUUCUGGGUGAGCAAGUGGGGAGACAAACACCCUGAGUUGAAGGAAGACACCAUCAACGACGUGCUUCGUCUGACGAGGGCUGGCAAAUUCAAGGACAUCCCCGUCCAGGAGGUCAAGUGGACCUUUGACAAGGGCGAAACCGAGCUGGCAGAGGAGGUGAACGGUACCCUGGGUGGUUUCCGCAGUGGAAAGGGUGUGUUUGUCUACGAAGAGUAAAUUAAUGCCUGAUAGUUUCUGUAAGAUUACAGUUGGAUCUUGUUGGAAAUCUCGACGUGGUUCUUAUGUAUAUUC